AUGGAGUCUUCUUCUCUUUUCUUAACUGCAGUCGCUUUCUUCUUUUCCGCCAUCAUCUUCUCCUUCACCCGCCACUCCAAACGCCUCAACCUACCCCCUGGACCUCCGGGUUGGCCCAUCGUCGGUAACCUCUUCCAAGUAGCCGGCUCCGGGAAACCUUUCUUCCAGUAUGUCAGAGAACUCAUACCCAAAUACGGCCCAAUUAUCACUCUCAGAAUGGGUACUCGAACCAUGAUCAUUUUGUCGCAGGCGGAUUUGGUUCAUGAAGCUUUGAUCGAGAAAGGACAGGUUUUUGCGACGCGUCCUGCUGAAAAUCCGACGAGGGGUGUGUUCAGUUGCAACAAGUUCACCGUUAACGCGGCUUUGUAUGGGCCAGUGUGGAGGUCGUUGAGGCGGAACAUGGUUCAGAAUGCGUUAAGUGCAAGUAAAUUGCGUACGUUUACUGAAGUGAGGAUGACGGCGAUGGAUAAGCUUAUGGAGCGGUUGAAGACGGAGGCGGUGGCGAACGGUGGUGCGGUUUGGGUGUUGAAGAACGCGAGAUUUGCUGUGUUUUGUAUUCUGCUUUCGAUGUGUUUUGGUGUGGAGAUGGAUGAGAAGACGAUCGAGGAAAUGGACGAGAUGAUGAAAACGGUGUUGAUUACGCUCGAUCCGAGGUUGGAUGAUUAUCUGCCAUUGCUGAGACCUUUUUUCUCGAAGCAACGUAAGAGAGCAAUGGAAGUAAGGGAACAGCAGAUCGCGACGUUAGUUCCGUUCAUUGAACGGCGGCGGGAGGCGGUCAAAAAUCCAGGGUCCCAUCCCACAGCAGCGGAGUUCGCCUACCUCGAUACGUUAUUCGAUUUAACGGUGGAAGGACGGAAGGAUUCACCGACGAAUGCUGAAAUUGUGACGUUAUGUUCGGAGUUUCUCAACGGCGGCACCGACACCACCGCCACAGCGAUCGAAUGGGCCAUCGCAAGGUUCAUUGAAAAUCCUUCCAUCCAAUCGCGUCUCCACGACGAGAUAAAAGCGGUCUCCGGCGAAAGAAAAAUCAAUGAGAAAGACGUCGAGAAAAUGCCAUAUCUAAACGCCGUCGUGAAGGAACUACUCCGAAAACAUCCUCCAACUUAUCUGUCUUUGACCCAUUCCGUCAUCGAACCUGCAAAACUCGCCGGAUACGAUAUACCCACGGGCACCAACGUGGAGAUAUAUCUUCCCGGAAUCAGUGAGGAUCCAAAACUAUGGAACAACCCGAAUAAGUUCGAUCCGGAUAGGUUCCUUACCGGAGGAGAAACAGCAGACAUAACAGGUGUUACCGGACUAAAGAUGAUACCCUUCGGAGUAGGGCGGCGGAUAUGCCCGGGGCUGGGGAUGGCGACGCUGCAUGUGAGCUUGAUGAUCGCUCUGAUGGUUCAGGAAUUUGAAUGGAGUUCGUGGCCGGAAAAGAGCAAGGUAGAUUUCGGUGAGAAAGCAGAAUUUACGGUGGUGAUGAAGAACAGUCUGAGAGCUACAAUCACUCCUAGGGUUUGA